AUGUGGUCGCGUCGCGAGUGGGCGUCUCGCAGCGGACCGUGCUGCGGGCGCCGUCGCCCGAUACCUACAGAGAUCGCGACGUGGACAGAGUCCACCGGCCCCUCGGCUCACGCGGUCCUCGCCCACGACACAAGAUCCUUGUUCACGGCACAGCUUCUGCCUGGUAGGUCUACAAACUUGAAUCUCGGCGGCAGUAGCAGGCUUAAACUGUCCCGUGAAUAA